AAAGUCUCCUCCUGAAAAAAAGUGUUAAGGAGGCCAUUUUUGUUUGGGGUAAAUAAUAAUACAAAAAGAAGCUCGGUAGGUUUAUAGAUCAGCGUAGAAGCUGAUGAUGGAUCAGAGUUAAACAGUGUUGGGUUUUUACACAUUAAACACUUCCCCACAUGUGAGCCGGUCAGUGUUUCAUCUCCUGUGUGAAGGCGAGGACACUUAUCAUGGGUGACUGCUUACACACCUCGGCUGAUAGUUUGUCCAAACUGGUGAAAUGGGCUCACAGUCAUGGAACGAUUUGCACCCUAAUCCCGAGCCUGAAGCACCUGCUGACUGAGGGAGCUCACGGAAACCUGACCGCACUGUGGGGCUGCAGCGCCGGCCACGCCUACCACUGGCCCUUAACGUCCUCCUGUAAAACGGUCCACAAGGAUCGGCUGUGUUACGAGCGAAGCGGCCGGGGGAUCAGUUCAGAAUCUCUGUUGCAGGGAGCGUCGUCCAUUCAGAGCAGCUCCACGCCGAGGUUCCUGAACAGCACAGCCAAAACGAGCAAAGGUGACUCGAACCAGACCCGAGACUCGUACGACUUCUCCAACUGCAGUGAGCCGUCCGAGAUGGACGACAACGCAGAGGAGCACCUGUUCGACAUCGUGUGCGAGUCCUCAGCCACAGACGAAGAGGGCGAUUCCGAGCCCAGGGUCACUCCCAGAAAACGAAGCACCAAGGGGUCGGGCUCGGACGAUUCUGCUGAUCCAGGAGGGAAAAAAAUCAAGCAAGAGCGAGCGGAGGAUUAUUACACGGUGGCUAACGCACAAGCACAAGCCGCUUUAGAGGCCGUUCCAUCAUGUAGCAUCUCUCAGUCACCCAAACCCACCUCUCAGAUCAGACCUUCAUCCAGAUCCUCAGCACAGCACAAUUCACAGCUCCUGGAGGAUGGAGAUCUGGUGGGUGUGUCCUCCUCACCACUGGACAACUCCUCCUCAUCCGUGACCAAACACAUGCACACGCCUAUCAGUGGCUCUCAAAACAGAACGCACAUGAACUCGCACAUGAACCUGGCAGCCAAUCAGAGCACGGCGUCUCUGAGCCAACCAGGACGGAGUGACAUGGUGGAAGUGCUUCCUAAUGGGGAUUUCAGCCUGCCCUUUGAGGAUCCCUCAGGUGUAGUGCACCCUGAAAUAGACCUUUUAGCAGCACAGAGUCUCAGCGCAGAGCCCAAAGGGGACACAGGAUGUCUGAACUCGGAGGAGUCGUUCUGGCCGUCCACCUCAGAGCUCUGUUCAAACCCUGAGAGUCAUCCUGAGGAAAGAAGGCAGCUGGAGGAGUACAUCACCAGCGUGGAUCCAGUUACGUUACGGAACCUCCAAUCUGUCAUCUCGCGGGUUCUCCGGUUCCACGAGCAGACUCGAGUGCAGGCUCAGAGUCCUCCUCGUCCUGGAGAACAGGAACUGUUUCCCGGUUCAGGACUCUUCCUGCCUCCGUAUAAAUUAGCCUGUAUUCACCAGGAGUCACGUCAGGACAGCAUGCGGCUCUUCCACCUGCUGUUCGAACACUUUUUCACCGAGGAGGACCUCGUCGGAGCCGUGGCUUUCGGGAAAAGAGGAAAAGUACCAGAUGGGAAAAAAAUCCUGGACAGGAGAAAAGUGGACGGGAUCAUUUCAUACGUUCUGCGCUGCUCCACGCUGGACGGCUGGACGCCCGUGGAAUCGGCCAAGCUGAAGAAAGCGUGCAUUAACAAGUGCAGACUGAGGAUCGGACAGAGGAAGAAGUUAGCUCAGGGGCCGUAUCUGUUCCACAAGUCUGGCCCGUCGUACAUCUGAGCUCCGAAACGUCGUUUUUAUUGACUAUGUACAGGAUCACAACAUAUCAAAGCUUCUUCUCCACAUCACUGAAUCUCAACUUUUCUGAUUGUUUUUAAUUCAGCGUCCUUGUGUGUGUGUGUGUGUGUGUAUGGAAACACACUCGGAACAGAGACGGAGCAGAAACCGCUUGAUGCUUAUUUCUAGACGUUUGGAAAAUUCCGGAAAAUGUUCUUCUGUUUUGGGGAAAAAAAGAAAUACAAUUUCAGAUAAGAUCUGUUUUCCUUCAACAUUUCAUUAUUAACCGCUCUCUGGGCUGCUUUCACACUCUGAGUGUUGAUCACAUGACCCUGUAACCAUAGCAACACUCUUACCAGUCUUUGCUAAUAUGAGCUAUAUGACUAACCCAGCCCUGAUGAAGAUGAAGAUAAGAUUGGUGUUUAUCUCAGCUGUAGCCUCAAAAGCAGAAAACAUGCUGCUGUCUGUUUCUCCAUCCAUCUGAGGUUCUCUUUAUAUCUCAGGAUUUCUCACAUGCUGGAGAAGGGUGGAUGCUCUUACGAUUUAUACACAAUGAUCAUUAAUGAUCAUCACCAGCAGAUGAUCUGAUUUUGGAGUUUGGAAUUGUUUAAAACAGGGUCAAGGUCACAGCAAGGUCAAAUGUCUGCAAUAUAUUUCUUCACUUCCUGUAUGAAGUUGAGCCUCAGGCAUUCUGGUCACACCUUGGACUCGGGAUCUCCAUGUCAAUAUGGAAGGUGAAAUAUAUUUCCGAUCGGAUUUCCAGAAAUCUCCCCGUGUUCACUCGCAUGCAAGGCACAGUUUUCACCAGCACGUCGUGCUCCAAGGUAGAAUGAGUUUUUUUCCUUCUGACCAGUUGUUGCUGUCACACACUGAAGUAAAGCUCCGUCGGCCCUCUUCUACAUACCUGAUCUUACAAAUGCACGUGAUUGGCUACUGUCCCAUCAACCCCAGCAAGAGUAACGUUCUCCCAUUCACGAGUUGUUUCCUCACCAGGGUCCGAUCUCUCGAUCGCGAUGAUGAUUUAAAAAACCGCCGCCGUGAACAAAAACACACCGACAUCAGCACUUUUCUAACGUGUUCCACUUUUCCGCAGGUUAACGUACGAAACGUGAGUUUAGGGAAUAAACCCAGCGUGUGAAAGCAGUCAGUAAUCCCUGAUCAAACUCCUGAGAAAAGAAAAAAAGAUCAAAUAUUACCCUUCUGGGAUUUUAUUAAGAGGAACUGUAUAAAGGUUUCUUUCUGAACUUUGUAGCAUAUUUUAUUAUCUAUAAUAAACGUUGGAAGUGUU